AUGAAAGCGCUCAUGUUAUUGGCUUCAACACUGGGUGACUGGGAAGACGCGAACAACUGUCGCGUGGAGGCGGAGACGCUGUGGCGUGCACAUAGGCGUCGGCAUCCAGAGGGCGAGAAUGCUGCACUCGAUAGGUACACGGACGAGCUGCGCGGAUUUUUAGACGAAGUGGGUGUUGAGUUGGAGCGGACUAAGCAUGGAGACUACGAGUCGGAAGAUGACGAUGCUGCGGCGCACGAGGAGCAUGUGAAGGAUGCGACUGACGCCAUGGAGACCCUUAAAAUGACCGACAAUGAGAUGGAAGAAUAA